AUGUAUACAAUUGCAGAGGAGGUUGGAUACGGGACAUUCGUAACAAUCCUCGAGCACCUCCGAGCAAGUCAAUUAAGGAAGGCCGCAGACGGUGACUACUCUGAUCUCCGCAAUCUGAUGUUGGAGACGAAGAGAAAUCCCUUGCAUGACCGAUUGCGACUCGGAGUCACGAGCCCGAGCUACUGUUUCAGACUCCCGAUGGAAUCGGCCAAGCAGAUUGUUCCGGUGAGUCACAUACGCACAGCGAACCGUCAAGCUGCGAUGGCAAGACCGUCCCCAGUGCGAAAUCUUCGAGAACUACACGCAGCAAUCGAGGGCAACGCUGUGGAAGGGUAUACUAUUUCCCACGAUGGUGAAAGACUGCUGAGUUUUCUGUGCCCGAAUUUCGGUACUCUGAUCGUGACGACGCGGCGGAUGUUGAGCCUCCUCCCCCAAGCCCAGAUGUUGCACGCAGAUGCAACUUACGAGACGGUGCCUCUAAGCUUCUGUCAGCAAUUAUUCUCAAUACACGGGAACUGGCAGGGCCAUGUCGCUAUGGCUCUUUGCGCUUUCAUGACGGAGUCUUCUGCCGACGCCUAUCGAGAGGUGUUCAAGAUCCUGAAGCGAGAAACGAAUGCCGACAUCCUACGGGCAUACAUGGGGGAUUUCGAUGCGGCUAUGCGGGCGGCGGUGCGCGCGGAGUUCCCCAACGCCCGGCUCUACGGGUGCCUAUUUCAUUACGCUCAGGCACUCGUCCGGCGCGCGAGCGGUCCCAAAGUCGGUCUAGCCGCCGACCUCAGGACACCAGGGGAAAUCUUGAAAAAGUUCGUCGCUCUGACAGCUCUCCCCCUUCUCCCGGCGAACGCAAUUCGACCGAUUUUCGCAGUGCUGUCUCAAGAAGCUCUGGAGGCCACCUCGAAGUUUGAACCGCUGCUGAGAUACAUGGAAGCUUAUUGGCUUGGUACAAUCGGUGCCAAUGAGCUCUCGCUUUUCGGAGCUCCGUGCAGAACCAACAACGGUGUCGAAUCCUUCCACGCGUUACUGAAAGCCGAAGUGAGGUCCCACCCCUCCGUAUGGAACUUAAUCGCCGCGUUGAACAAUAUUGCUCAGGAUAGUGCAAUCAAUGUCAGCAUACGCUUUGAUGGGAUCAGACGUGUGGCUUCUACGCCAAAUAGAGCUACAAAGGAGAACGAGAGGAUAAUAAGAGAGGCUUCGGGGCGACUUCGGAAUGGAAUGAUCCACGCGCGACAAUUCAUCGAUGACGUGAAGUACAGAGUCGGUGGAGCGGCAGUACGCCACGGACUUGCUGACGGCCACGGAAGCUUAACUGCCGAAGUCGCAGGAAACUGGGAUGAGUGGGUGAACGAGCGAGUCGCACUGCAGCCCAAACUCACUUCGGUCCCGACGUGGCCCCCGUUGGGCGAUCACGGGUAUGCUAAAGCUACAGCCAUCGGUGACAGAUUGAACCCUCAAAUCCCAGCUCUCACCGAUGAGAUAGGUAACGUAAUCGAGGAGGCUCUCUCGGGUCCACCGGAUCAAGUUCUCGUCGAAGUAUCGCGGCUGAUCGUCACUCGGAGAGACCUUGAAACUCUCGUCGGCUUCGAAUGGCUAAAUGAUGUCAUCAUCAACGUGUAUCUCAAUCUUAUCGUCGAACGGAGUAGAACGAGCUCGCAUCUGCCGAGAAUUUAUGCUUUCAACACUUUCUUCCUAAAGCUCUACAUGAGCGAUAUGGGUUACGAGGCCGUUCGCCAAUGGACUCGAGGAGACGACAUAUUCGGUCACGACAUGCUCCUCGUGCCUGUUCAUUCAAGAAUGCACUGGAGUAUGAUUGUCGUUGAUUUGAGACAGAAGCGUAUCGAACACAUGGAUUCGAUGAAUGGCCGCAACGAAGAGUGUCUCGAGGCCCUGCUAGAAUACUUGGCGCAUGAGCUCGCGGACAAGAAGAAGUGCCGAUUCGAUUGUCAUCAAUGGACUCGUGAGUACGUCCAAAACCUGCCUCAGCAGGAAAACGGAUAUGACUGCGGCGUGUUCGCAUUGAAGUUCGCCGACUACGGAGCAUUACGCGCGAGGAUCAACUUCAGUCAAAAAGACAUGCCUUAUUUCCGGCGACGGAUG